CUCGUCUCCGGUGUUGUCGUCGGCCAUCACCGAUACGUUGAAAGCCACCACUGAUUUAUUCAUUUCAUCUUGGUUCCUCGUUAAUUUUGGUCAGACUUUACGGGAAGAGGUUGCAUAGUUCGUCCACGGCGGUCCGCGGUCAUCUAGUGCGCUGUGCGGCGUGCGUUUGCGUACGCGCAUGAGCCGCUGCGACCUGCGUGUUAGUUGCGUCCGUAGCUCCCUCAAGAAUAGCCGCCUUCGCGUAUCGUCUUCUAUUACAUCACAAUUCUAACGCUUCCUUAAAUUGUCAAACAACACGUGAUUUAAUAUAACUUCAAGGUGGACGUGGUGCCGUUAUUUUUAAAUUUAGUUUUAUGGUGUAAUUUAGCUUUUUAAAGGAAAUGUGUGUUAUCAUCGUCGGUGUUUUAUUCGCCGUAUCUAUUUGAUAAGACUCGAUAUUGAUAACGGUUUCAUAGAGGAUAUUUCGUGGGUAACCAUUCGACAUUCGUGAUGUGAGCGCGCUCGUGAGUGGACAUUUAUGUUUAUUUUCGGACAAAACAGAUACAGUGAUUGGAGUUGUAUGAGUGAUGCGCCUGCAGCUAUAGAAGUGAAGCAUCCUAUUUUCGUAGCACGGAAAUAAGAGCGGUAAAAGGAGCAAAAAGAGGACCGCCUAAAAACCGAAGCGUUUGUACGAGGACUAAUAUAUGUCGAGUGUAUUUUCGGCUAAUGUGAUUCAAGACUUGAGUGCACAGUGCGUUUGAGAUAAUAAACAUGAAAAAGCGAACAAUAUCAAAGCUCAAAUCCCUGUUCUCGUCUAAGAAAGGUAAACGGCAACAAGAACAGCAGCAUUCGGCGAAGUCUUCCAGAUCUCCAUCGCCCGACUCGGGGCCGGCGUCUCCCGCCGAAAGCGAGACCUUCCACCCGAUCCAAAGAACCCCACCUCCAUCGCGCGUUGGUCCUCCGCCAUCCCCUCCGGUUCCCACAACCCCCGUAGCACCAGUAGCUCCGGAGCCCCCCGGGCCCCUAUCCCUCCUACCAUGCCAGGUCUGCGGCCGCACCUUCGUCCAGCAGUCCCUCGCGAAACACGUCAAGAUCUGCGAGAAGAUGACCGUGAAAAAGAGAAAAACGUUCGACUCGUCGCGGCAGAGACGCGAAGGGGUGACCGCACCGGACAGUAGAUCUGGCACGGACCUAGAACAAUACUUGCCAAAGAAUUUCGGUCUUCCAGAAAACAGCCCUUUCCUCGAGAAGAGUCCGCCUCAAGUUGUGAAGGCGACGCCGAAGCCAAAAGUACAAUCCGUACGCAGUGCUAUCAUGAAGCCAACAGCGGAUCUCCAGAAGUGUCCGCACUGCAGCCGAGCGUUCGGCGUGCGAGCGUUCGAACGUCACGUGGAAUGGUGCGCGGAUAAGGCCAAGAUCCUGCCCGCUGCGCCCGCGCAGCCCCCGCCGCACAUCGCCGACGCCAAACAGCGCCUCAAUGCGCGCACGCAGUACAAGGCGCCCCCUGUUCGCGGCAGACGCUCAUCUCAAUCGAGAGAUAAGUCUUCCCUCAGUCGAUCGGCUUCCGUAGAGUCCACACGCGGCGUUUCGCCUGCACCUCCCCGUGAAUAUGGUGACUACAGACAUGGACGCACAAGGGCUUCAGAAUCCUUAUCCAGUAACGACUGCAUUGAUGAUUCGCCCCACAUGCCUGUCAUCCGUAAUUCUCGAGCACCACAAAAUAAUUCAUCAGGCGAUGCCAACGUUAAAGCCAGACAAGCAAGACUUGCCAGAGACCUCAGUAACUCCAGACGUCAAGAACAAACAAAAGCGUCUACCAUUCAAUCAUCAACGGCGCCUGGUCCCUCUAAAGUAGAUAAAAACCUUAAAGUAAGGCUUGAUACUAAAAGGCGACAACAACUUAAGAGACUAGAUGAAAUCGCUAAUAAAUACAAGGAAAGAGAAAAUAUGAGAGAAAAUGAUAAAAGCAAUAGUAAGAAUAAAAACAAAGUAGCUGCUAAAAGCCAAAUACCUCUACCCAAGAAUCCUGAAGUCACUGAAAGGAAAUCUUUCAGCGAUAAUAUUCGUAACAAACCUAAUAUACGUAAUGCAAACAAUAUUAAGAGAAUGAGAGAUUUAAAGUGUGACAAAAAGGAUAUGGACAAAGAAAGCACUAUGAGUUUAGACAGUCUUGAUGAAAACAUUGUAAAUAAGAAUUCACCUAAAGAUUUUAAAGAGGACAUGUUGUGCCCAUGUGUGCCAUGUGUUAUACAUGAAAAUAAUGAACCAAUUUUGAAUGUUGCUAAGAAAAGAAUUGACACGGUUGAAGAAGCGAAAAAAGAACUAAAAGAUUCUAAUGUUUCACCAAAGAUACGUGUACUGUUCAAAAAUAAGAAAUUUCAUUCCGAUAAACAGAAGAAGGAAACUAUGAAAUCUAAAACUAUUGUAGAAAAGAAUCAAAACUUUAUUGAUACAGAAAACGGAUUAGAUCUACGCAAUUUCAAAGAAAAUCAAAGUGUAAAGGGCAAAUUGAAACUAGAUCCCCAAGUUAAAGUUGAUUUAGUGGCACAAACAGAUGCUGCGGCCAAACGAAAUAUCAAAGACUUAAAUAAAGAACAUACUGGACUUGAGAUAAUUGACCAAGAAAAUAUAAACUAUCUAGACAGUCGUCAUGGAAGUGGGGAGACAUACACAAAAUUCACAGAAAACCCAGCGGAUUUGGAUGAGUUUUUCACGAUUACGGAUCAAAUGAUCAAUAAACAGCAACACGAUGAGUUGAAUAAUAAUAUUGCAAGGAUAGAAAAAGAUAUUGACGAGCUUCACACUCCUCAAACAGAUUCAUUGGAAACUUUAAACACUGAUUUUGUUCCUAACGAAGACGCAAAUAUUAAACCGCAAUUUUCUAACGCAUUAGAUGUACUUAAGCAGAAUUUUAAAGAUUUAAUGCUAGAAAUAAAUAAAGAUUCUCUGCCUCCUGUAUCUAAGGAACCAAACUGUGUGCAAAAGAACCCUGUGGCUAAAUGUGAAAAGGAAAAUAUUAGCAUUGAAAAUAUCGAUAUGGAGCACAUUACUGUUUAUGAAUUUAAACACAAGCAAAUGUUACCUGAGAAAAGUGCAAUUAAAGAAAAUUCGCAGCUAAAACUUCCAUAUAUUACUGACACAAAAAAUAAUACUAAAUAUCCUCUGAAUAAAAAGAAAAUUAAUAAAGGUAACAGAAAAAAUAAAAUGCUAAGUCUACAAAAGCGUGCAAGCAAAAAUUAUCAAACAUUUAUAAUAAAUAAUGAAGAUACGAAUGAAAGUAAUGAUGACGCUCCUCCUUUGAAACUUCCUCGUAUAGAAAACAAAAGCAGCAAUAAUAUAGCUGGCGAAAAGUUUUUCCCAUCCUCCGUAAAGAGAUCCACUUCCCUCCUCGAUUCCAUUCAGAAGAAAACAAAGACAGAAACGUCAAAGAGUCGGCAGAGUGUUGAUAAGUUAGAGGACGACAUCAUGCAAUCUCUUAAAGACUUCGACAAAUUCUACGAAUCCCAAAAGAAUGAUAACGGGCAAAUGAACAAAGAAAUGAGCAGCAGCAAUAAGAAUCUGUAUCAUGAUACGAUAAAGAGAGACGCACGGAAGAAGAAUGAAAGCAAAGCUAAGACCAACAAGGCGUCUAACGGUAACUGCACUCCCAACGGAAAGGCGAGCAACGACUCAGCUUAUAGCAGGUUAGUCAGCCUAAACAGAAUAUCGCCGUCUAAGCUAUCACUCUGCAAGGAGAAUGGUGUGGCGUCCUUGGACAGGAUACCAGCAGGUUCUGACACCAGCAGCGGUCACAAAGACGACCUUCAGUCUAUAUCCAGUGACGAGUUCCUAGCCAUGGAGAGAACGGCGGAGCUUACGGUUACUGAACAAUCCGAUGUGUUUAAGGACGUGGGCAAAACUGAUAAAAACUCAAAAUCCCGUGAAUCGGCCCGAGCGAGUCCCACUUGGAGACGCAAGGAGGCGCUCAGCUCGAGCAGUUCCGAGACCUCCAUCUACCGAACCACAAAGGAGUCUUCCCCUGCUCCGCGUCUGUCGCGUUUCUGUCACGAGUGCGGCAGCAAAUUCCCAGUGGACACUGCCAAAUUCUGCAUCGAGUGCGGAGUCAAGAGGCUCGUAGUGUAAAUGUGUAAGAGUCGUGAGCGUGUUCUAGUCUAUACGGACGGUUGUUACUAAACUUGCCAGCCGGAACC